GUGCAAUCAUACACCAGCGGUUGUACCUGCUGACUGUGCAAAAGAAACACAAUGCCAAGCCUAAAGAGGUUAAUCCUACUCCUCUGACUCCUCCCCAUGUGGUCAUUCUUCGCGUUAUGAAUCGCACCACCUCAGCUUCUCCUUAAAAGUGGGAGGGCUGCGCCAGACAGGGCCAGAAAGCAGCCAGGAGCUGUCUCCGUUACGCGUGGUGCUGAAGGUGACACCCACCGCAUCAUGUGGUCGGUUUUCUUUGUCUUUCUGUCUUAUCUGGACAGAAACGUGGUCAGGGGUGACUUCCUGAGCCGCGCUUUGGACGCAGAGAAGGAGAGCAAGGAGAUGUUAUCCAUGAUCAACGGGACCUUCUGCGCAAAGAUGUCCUUUAUAGGAGAGAACGUCCUCUAUCAGGUGUCGGAUGGAGCCGAGGUGGUCCGCACCGUGGUGAGCCCCGCAGGGAAGUUGGUGAACUGCUCGGUCGUAGUAAAUCAGAUGGAGGUGAAAUUGUUCAUGCAUGAGUGCAGACUGGGGCAAAAGGAGGGGAGAGCCGGGCAGCAGCUGGAGGCGCGUUUUGCGCGCAUGGAUGAAGCCACCCUGAUGUGCCGGGAGUUUAAAGAGAAAUCAGAGCGCAGCAGCGAGGACAGCAGCGUGGGUUUGGAAAAUGCAGGGGGGGGAAAGGAGAAGGUUCUGCAAAGAUCCAAGAGGGGCUUUACCUACCCGGGGACCCUGUGGUGUGGAGCAGGGAACAUGGCGGAUGACUACAACCAGUUGGGGGAGUUUGCAGACACGGACAGCUGCUGCAGGAUCCAUGAUCACUGCCCUCAUGUCAUCCACGCCUUCUCAUCAAACUACGGACACACCAAUUUCAAGUGGCACUCCAUCUGCCACUGUGACUGUGAUAAUGAGUUGAAAGCUUGUCUGAGAAAGGUCAAUGACACAUCCUCCAGGGUUGUUGGUCAGGCGUUUUUCAACGUCAUCGGUGUUCCCUGCUUUGAUUUUGCCUAUGAGGAGCAGUGCGCUGAGCGGCACUGGUAUGGCCUGUGUAAACGAUACGAAAAGUUCCCCAUUGCUGUGCUGAGAGAAGCAGUGCCGUAUGACUACGGAGGAAUCGAUGUCAUAGAUGAGCUGACAUUGGCUCCACCCAAGCGGAAAGAGUCCAAGAAGAGCAACGAAGAAGAGCAAGGGGAGAGUCCGACUCAGAGUAUGAUAUUGGAUCCUUCUCUAAGAAAUGUUGUCACUGCAACUGAGGACUUCAUCAAGGUGCUCGCCACAGUCUCCACAUCUCAAAGCUCCGACAAGGAGGAGACGCAAACCUCAGACAAAAAGAAACGAAAGAACACUGGGAAGAAGAAGAAAAUAAGUAAAAAGCACAAAGAGAAAGAAAAGGGCAGGAAGAGAAACCAGAAAGCAGAGGCGGGUGUGAAAGCAGAGGAAGGAGCUGUAGUUCCACCUCCUGGCAGCAAGUCAGAAGAUGUCUUGCCUUUGAACAAUUUCCUCAGUGAGUCCAACAAACAUGACCGGUCAAAUAUAAAUGCAAACAGUGUUGAUGACAGUAAAUUUGAACUCAGGAGAACAGACGAGCCCUCCAAUGAAGUCAUGAAAGAUGAACCUGCCACGGAUAAGGAUACGGUUUCCAUUACGUCACCUCUGAAGGUUCAGAAGAUGCUGGCUGAGUCGGAGAUUGAGGAGGUGAAAGAGGAAGUCCCUCUGUCAACUGGCCUGACGACUGUUACUUCACACAAAACAAAAAACAGAGGACAAAGAAAGGGUGGAAGAAAGAGAAGCAAGAAAACUUCACCCCCCUCUUCUCCUAAAUACCUUAGAUUAAACUCGAUAGACUAUGUUACAACCAUUAUUGAUAUACUGCCAACUGCAGAACCGGAGCAACAUAGCUCAACUAUUACAAACACUGCUAAUGUUGUCAUUGUUAGCCCUAAAGUGCAAAGGAGCAGGUCAAAGGAGAGAGGAGACAAAGAGGAGAGGAAGAAAAGAAAGAAAGUUAGCUCUGAUGCUCCCAUUGUGCCUUCUGACCCACAGAAUUCCUCUCCAGACAGCCGGACAGCGUUCCCUCUCACCAGGUCUCCCACCAUAGCACCAGUCCCUGCAACAGAGCUGCCGCUUUUAAACACGCCAUUUUACAGACUGGAGAGUCAGGUUACAGUUCUCACCCCUAACAUUACUGUCUUGAAAAGGCAAAGGUCAAAAGAGAAAGUGCAGAGAAACAGGAGGAGGAAAACAGCCAUUCUUCCCUCCGGUCAAUACUUUCUUUUUUCCCACAGCCACCCUGAAAAUGUGAAUCAGGUUCUCACAACUCCCCACAUCCUUGUUGCACAGAAUGGCCCUGUGAGCACCGCUGCGCUGCAAGACACAGAAGCUCCAAAUGAAUGGAGGCUUUUUACAACAGCCUCCCCCUCUGUGAGAAUAAAUCUCCAUGUGCGUCUGAGCAAACAGCAGAAGAAAUCCACCCUGAAACAAAAUGAAACAGAGACACUUCCAAUCUGGCCAGUCAAGGUCAGAUCCCCUAAGCUGUGGAUGACCACCUCAGCAGUUCCAUCAAUGAGUCCACUUCUGUUCUCUAUUGAAAGGGCAAGAGAACAGUUUAACAGGAAGAAAAAGAGGAAGGCGUUGCGGUUGAGUCCAAAAUAAUAGGCAAUGUGCUGCAGCCGUAGCUGAACUAGACUGGGAAAGCAUUAGCUGACAAGUCCAGCAAACAUGUUUCAUGUUACUGCUGAAAGAAUAGAAAUACAAUUAUCUAUUGUGAGGUGAGAAUAAUCUUUUUAAAUUUUUUUUUCUGCAUGUCAGUAAUAAAAUUUAUAAAUGAUUAAUAGUA